AUGCCUAGAAAGUUCUUAGGAGAAAGGAUAGAAAAAGGUGUAGAUGUAAUAAGACCAUCAUCUCUGACAUUAACAGCAGAAGAUAUAGCAAAUUUACCCAUAUUCCAAACAAGUCCAUUCCUGGAAGAUGUACAAGAUGAUAUCAUCUUCCAUCAACCCAAUAAAGGUAAAAGAUUGUCAAGAAGGUUUGGUGGGACAAUGAAAAUAAAACAACGAUUAGAGUCAGUACCAGAAUUAUUCCUACAUGAUUUUAAUAAAAGACAAAAAGGUAAACAACCGAUUAAUACCACCACCAUAGUCAGUUCAGAUCCAAAGAUCUCAUAUAAUAAUAAAUAUGAAGAAAACCCUCGUAUCCGGACUGCUAAUGUAAGAAAUAUUACAGCUCCCACAUAUAUUAAAAGGAAAGAAACAAUUAAAAGAAGGAUAAAGCCAUCAACAAAGGAACCUACCAAGACAAAACUUCCAUUAAUAACUGUCGAGGAGAAGGAAGAACUAUCAAAUGAAAUAUAUUAUGAAGAAAAAGUAAGAUUAAAGGAUCCCUUGGAAUUACCCGUUCCUAUAUUACCUAAUUCUAAUCAAAACAUUCAUGCAUACCCUAUUACUGCUGGUCCAGUUGCACCAAAUUUGAAUCAUCAUAUCCCUAUCAGCGAAAAGAAUGGUAAAUCUGAGAGUGAAAUAUUAUUUGAAGAGAUAUUAGAUGCAUACGGUUCAACAGCAGAUGAUAACUAUUUACUUACCACUAACAAAGGUAAUAAUAAUAAUAAUAAUAAUAAUAAUAAAAACCCGUCAACUAAUUUUUUAUUGGAAAAUGAAAUUGAUAGAAUAUUAAACCAUGUUAUAAAGAAAAAUAACAAAUCAAAAAUGGAAAAGAUGAAUGGUUUAACCACUCCGAAAAUUAUUCAAUCUGAAUUCCAAGGCGAUAUAGAUUUUCUAGAUUUCUCGAAGACUCCCAUCAUCGAGAGUAUAAGUUCCAGUCCUUUAAAGGAUAUGAUUUCAAGUCCUGAAUAUACAGGAACGUCAGAACAAUGGAGUUCUGAUGAUGAUGAGGAUGAGGGGCAAGAACGGAAAAGUUAUACAUUCAGUAAUAGCAACACUUCUGAUGAAGGAUAUUGUACAGCUAAGGAAUCCCUAUCUUCCAUUUAUUCAGUAGAGGAUUUGGAAAUUAAGUCAAUACCAAAGAGUAACUUUAAGCCUACUAUAUCAAGAUCAUUAAACUUCCCACAGAUGAAAAAUCAGAUUGUAAAAAGUAACGUGCACUUCACAUAUGUGAAACCAUUAUUAUUCAAAUUAGAAGAUGAUACUGAGUCAUCAUUAUCUGAUGAAGAAACUUCAUUAUUAACUCGAAAUGAUAAUGAUCAAAAAAUCAAUGCUUCUUUGAAAUGCUUAGAAAAAUGCCAACCUUGCUUGUCAAGUGAAACAGCUACAGAAAGGGAUUCAUUGAAGAUAUUACAAAAACAAAUUGAAAAUAUUGAUAUCAUAAGUAUGACUAGUAGCGUAUAUAGCGAAAUUUAA